CAGCUGGCUUCAACUUUGACCAGCACCAGCCAUCUUUGGCUGCUUUGCACAUUCGUGGUGGCGUUGUUAAGCUCAAGGUGGCAUGGCGCUUUGAAGUUGACCUGCUUGCCUCGAGCAGAAUCUUCGGUUUUCAAGUCAAUUCGGGCAGAAUUUGUGCUUCCAUCAACGGUUUUCUUCGUGGACUGUGAGCUGUUUUCGUAGCCGGCCGCUUCCAAGCUGGGUUGGCUGGAGAGGUUGUGAAAGCAUGAGGAGGCCUGACAGGAAACGCGCGAGGCCGACAGUGCAGCCCCGCCUCACAGCAUUCUUGCAGCCUGCAUUGAAAGCAUCGCGGAAGUCAGGACAGCCAAGCACAGAACUUGCUAUACUUAACAGCGGGAAUGUUGAGGGGCAAAGUAAAAGCAAUGGCGGGGGGGAACAGAGCAAACUUUGGGAACUGCAGAGAGGAGGAGAGGUGGAGACUCGAAAUCUGAAGACAAGUGAGGGCUGGCGAGUUGAAGCGCCUCUGCAAAGCGGGACAGUCGCGCAGCAGGUAUCAACUUCUCUUCAGCCAGGCAUCGCCAGUCUGAUUGAAGAGGUGCAAGCUGACUUUGACGACCCUAUCGACAUCUGCGAACAACCCAGACAGUUGACGUCCAGCAAAGGCUCCCUUGAGGCGUUCAUCAAGCGGCGUAAGGUGGCGCACCAGCGAGAGCGUAGCGUUGAGCAAGAUGGGGAGAGGGCGAGGGCCGCAAGGGCAGCGUUGGGGAGGGCGGUGAAUGGGAGCGCAUAUGCUCAAUGUCCACUCUGCACAGUGCAAAUACCGCUCACAAGAAUGAACCACCAUUUGGACCUCGAUUGCGUGCAACGCGCCACAAACCCAGCAACCAUACCCGAAGCUGCAAUCGCCCCAACCCCUGCAACCGCCCGGACUUCAAACCAGCAGAACUUUGACCAGAACAAGCCUGCUCCUGACGCUGCUGACAUCAGCACCGGAGUCUGCAGAAUGACGGAAUGCAGGUUCGACGCCGGGGUUUCUGAUGAUGCACACUGCAGAGGGGCCUAUCAUGAAGAGGCAUUCAACACGAGCGCAAAUUUCGGUGAAACGGGCCGGGUUGGACGGGAACAAGGCGCCCAACUAGAGGGGGCAGAAGCAAACGGCGCGGGUGUGUAUGGAUUGGGGGACGGAAUGAAGGGAGGGAAGCAGUGCGGGGCUAGAGAAACCAGGCUGAGAGAAAGCAUAGGAGAGUUCGAAGUCAUGCCGACGCUGAAUGAGUGGCUCCCUGGUGCAAAUGUUGACGGACGGGACCCUUUUCACACUGACAGUGCCGCUGCUGCUUAUGGAGCUUCAGAGCGCCAGUGUGAAGAGCCGUGGAGAGAAAGGCUUGGAAAGCAGGGGGCCUCAGGGGGUAUUCACACAGGCCAAGGCACUGCAAACGAGAUCGGGGGCCCUGACACUCUCGGGGAAGUUCAGACUGGCACAAGGUACGGGGCCGUUUCGGUUGUGUCAACGGCACCCGAAAACGGCAGGGGUCAGCGGGAGGUGACACAAGAACCUGUUCAGGCCAACAGUUGGGAGCCUGUUCACAUCAACAGCAACGAGCUUGUUCACAUCCCUGGCCAGGAGCCUGUUCGCACUCCUAGCCCUGUGAGGAGGGAGCCCGUUCACACCCUGCUCGGGAUGGUGCGUGAACGGGGGCAGCGGCCGCUGUUCGGCCUCUCCUGGGCGGCGAUCCAGGCGCGGCAACCGAGCGCUCCGAAGGGGCACUAUCUCGUGGAGAACUUUCUGACGGAGCAGGAGGAGGCGCACAUCCUCGCCUCGCUGGACGCUGACGUCAGCAACCCGUGGGUGACGUCACGGGCGUUCGGGGACCUGAACGAGGGCAAAGCGUACGGCUUCGUGACGGACCUCCGGAGGAGGACCAUUUUGAAGCCGAAGCGUCCGAUGCCCCCGUUCCUCCAGUCCGUGUUGGACCGCAUUCGGACGGUCGCGCCGCCCUUGUCCAACUUUGUUCCGAAUGAGUGUAACGCCAUCAACUAUCGACGGGAAGACGGUCACUGGUUGCGACCCCACGUCGACGAUCGACAGUUGUCAGGCACCAUCAUUGCGGGCAUCAGCCUGCACUCGGAUUGCGUCAUGACGUACGAGCGGGAGAGGGGCCGCCCCGAGAAGUUCCGGGUGCGCCUGCCCCGGCGGUGCCUACAGGUGCAAACUCAGGACAGCCGCUACAACUUCACGCACUCCAUCAAGAACGCGGACCUGGCGGGCGAGCGACGUGUCAGCAUCACCUUCCGCCAGGUGGUAGAGCCGCGGUCCUAGGGCGGGCGUCGCCAACACGUCUGCAACGCAUCAGCAACACGUCAGUAACGCGACACAGAAGUGAUGCUGAGACGUCCACAAUGCAUCAGCAUCAGCAUGCUACCCUGACAAGCGAGCAGAACGGAGGUGCCUUCGACAAGAAAGUGUUAGCAAUGGGCACGGGAGAUCGAGAGCUUUCUUUACGCUUCAGAGACCGCGAUUGUUUCUAAAGCCUUUACCCUGCUAGGUGUAAACGAGCCGUAGAAAUUCAUGUGUCCUGCAAACGAACUAGGUAGUAAUCACUGUAGCUGCUCGUGUGUUGAGAGUUCACCGAAAGAGAUUAGUUGCUCAAAACUUGGAGGGGGACGGACUGCAUGCCUCUUUCUUGAACAGCGGGCCUUCAUUCUUGGCAAGCUCCUGCAAAUACGUGCUACUAGUAUUUGUCAAUGAGCUUCAACCUGACUCGGUGAAAGAGCGAAACAGCCCGGCAAGC